AUGGCCUCAGGGUCAUCACACACAGAUAUGGAAGAAGAAGCAAACUGUCCCAUUUGCUUGGAGUUCCUAACAGACCCAGUAACCCUGCUAUGUGGACAUAAUUUCUGUCGGAACUGCAUCACUGGCUACUGUGACAUAUGGGAAGUACUGGGGGACUUGGAGUGUCCUGUCUGCAAAACUGAGAUUCAGAAAGGGAAUUUCCACACAAACUGGCAGCUGGGAAACUUAGUAAAAAAAAUGAAAGGAAAGAGAGUUCAUGCAAGAAAUCCAGGGACAGAAGAGGCUGAUGACCCACAUGAGGCAGUCAUGACUUCUAGAAAAAGGAGACUUUGCCAAAAUCAUUGUGAACACCUGAAGCUCUUCUGCAUGGACGAUGAAGCCCUUAUCUGUCUGGAAUGUGUUCAAUCCAAGGAGCACAGAAAUCACAAGACCCUUCCUCUUAAGGAGGCCUCUCAAGAGUACAAGGAUCAGUUCCACAACCAUCUGGAGAUUCUGAAGAAGGAAAGAGAAAGAAUUGUGGGGUGUAAAAAAAACAUGGUGAAGGAAAGCCAAGACCUGCUCAGGCAAACAACAGGAGAGAAGCAAAGGACAGUAUACAAGUUCAGACAACUACACUCAUUUCUGGUGGAACAAGAGAAAAUUCUGCUGGCUCAGAUAAAACAGGCAGAGAAGGAGGUAAAAAAAACCUGGGACCAGCGUUUAACUGAACUCUCUGAGGCGCUCUCUUCGGUGGACAGCCUCAUCCAGGAGAUGGAGGAGAAGUGUCAGCAGCCAGCCCAUGAACUUCUGCAGGAUGCCAGGAGCACCUUGCAGAGGUAUGAAGAAAAGAAAGUGUUUGAAAAUCCAGUGAUGUUUCCUCUUGCACUGAAGUGGCACAUCUCUGAAUACUCCACUCAAAAUAACUUUUUGGAGGGCCUCAUGAAGCAAAUCAGAGACAGACUGGAUUUUGGACUUCACCUGCAUAAAGCAGCAAAUGUGACUCUGGAUCCACACACGGCCCAUCCCUACCUCAUCCUGUCUGCGGAUCGGAAAAGUGUGAGACGAGUAGAAAAAGCUCAAGAUCUGCCCAGCAAUCCUGAGAGAUUUGACUAUUAUUGUGCUGUGUUGGGCCGUGAGGGGUUCACAGGAGGCCGCCAUUUCUGGGAUGUCCACAUGGGAAGUGAGGGAGGAUGGAAUGUGGGGGUGGCCAGAAAGUCUGUGAGGAGGAAGAGAUGGUUAAACUUCAGUCCUAAGGAAGGGAUCUGGUCUGUGGGGAAAUGGGGAGGGGGAGAUUACUGGGCUGCCAGAAAAGGCUCUCAUAUUCGCCUGUGCCUGAGUGGGGAGCCCAAGAGGAUCCGAGUCUGUCUGAACUAUGAUGGGGGUCGGGUGGCCUUUUUCGACGCUAACCGAGGAGCCCUCAUCUAUGAGUUCUCUGGAGCCUCCUUCUCUGGGGAGACCCUCCUGCCCUUCUUUUACGUGUAUGAAAAAGGCCACCUCAAACUCUCUUCUGACCUCCCCACCAAUGUUGAUGUAAUUAGUGAACUGGAGGCCCCUUGGCCAUCUUCAGGUCCUGUAUUUGACCAAUUCAGCCAUCUCUCCCAGUCCAAUGUUGAGAGGAUCUUGGGGGCUGUGAAGCCUCCCACCUGCCCCUUAGACUCUAGCCCAUCAUGGCUGAUAAAAGCCAGUGGUUGUGGUGUGCAGGGACUCCUGAUGGAUAUUAUUGAUCUGUUCCUGAGUUCUGGGCUCUUCCCAGCAGGGCUGAAAGAGGUGGUGCAGAGCCUCCUGUUGGAUAAAGAGGUGGCAGCAGUGAUCAGAGUUGUCUAUCAACCAUUUCAGCUGGUGAGCCAUCUGCAGCCCUUACUGUCGGAGGGCCAAGCGAUGGAGGCAGGAGUCUUAGGAGUCCCAGUAGAAGCGAUGCAAGACUUCGCUGUGAGAGAACGCUUGAAGAACGAAGAAGGUGGCUUCGUCUUGCGAGCCACCUCUCAGCGCCCGGCCCUCUGCGGGGGCAGCUUCACUGCUCCCGUGCAAAGCGGCCCCCACCUGCACCCGGCAGGAUUCCUGCCCGGUGCAAGGGGCUACUCUCGCAGUCGCUUGGAAGGAAGGGCCUAUGAUUCUAUGAUUCAUCGUCUCCAUAUGGAAGAGGAAGCAAACUGUCCCAUCUGCCUGGAGUGCCUAACAGACCCAGUAACCCUGGACUGUGGCCACAAUUUCUGUCGGGCUUGCAUCACUGACUACUGUGACACAUGGGAAACACUGGGAGACGUGAAGUGUCCUGUCUGCAAAGCUGAGAUCCAGAAAGGGAAUUUCCGCACAAACUGGCAGCUGGGAAGCAUAAGCAUGCUGUGCAUGGGGCAGAGGGGGUGGUGGAUGGCAGCCUCCAUGUUUUUUGCACCCCCAAGGGUGCCGCAGCUACCCCCACUCACCAUCGUACAGAAUAAGCGGGGGCAGGAUGGCACGUAUGUGCGCCUGGGGCCCAACCCUGUGGUGCCCACUGUGGCCGUGGGGCUCCUGGGAGCGACCCACCUUCGAGCACUGUCCCGGAGACAUCCAGGCUGGCCCCCUCUCAGGUGGAUGUUGUCUUGUCCGGGGGAGGCUGGGGAUGGAUGGGCAGCUGGGCGGGCCCCAGACACUGCCUUCCUGCAUAAGUUUGUUAGAUCAUGUCAAUUUAACUCAGGGCAGUGGCAUAGCACCAAUGGGGCAGGGGGCCUGAUGCCCUGGGAACAUGCCUCGGCGGGGGCAUGGCCAGGGCAUUCCGGGGGCCUUCCAGGGGCCUUCCAGGACCUGACUUGCGUGGGGUUCGAGCUGUUGGUUUGCGAGGAGUGGGAACGGGCGCCUUUUGUUUCUUCGGGCAGUUGGCCGCCAUAUGGGAGGGAGCUCCCACCCGAGGAAGGGUGCGAGUCGGAACAACGGGUGAUUGUGGGCGCGCCGCGCCGUCGGUUCUGGGUAGGGUCGCUGGAAGACCUCCGGCGUGUCUCUGGCCCAAUGCCUCUCUUGCCACCAGCUCUCUCUCACGCCGUUCGCGUUUGGCCAUCUCAAGAGCUUCGAGUUGUUCAGACCAGCUCGGUUCAGAGCUGGGGGGGCUACGAACGUCUACGGCGGGCAGGGCAGUCACCCCCUCAAGUUGUAAGUCCGGAGGAUCCCGGGUGUGGGCAUCCUCUGCAAAAGGACCGUGGCGUGGAGGGAAGAGAGGGAACCCUCUUUGGGGGCUACCGCAAUCUCUUCAUCUUCCAAGUUCAACGGACCCUUAGAAGGCAAUCUCUGCAUGUUGAAGGACAUCAGAGAUCCACAGAACGGAUGAGGAUGCAGCAAAGUUGGAUGAAGGAGUGGCUGCUGCCGCCUUGCCUGCCUUGCUGGCAUGAUGGGAGGGUAGCAUUGGUGGAAGCAGCCUGGCCCGGGUCACCUGCCCGGCUGGCCCACCACUCCUGCCCGGCCAGCCCCUUGCCCGGGGGGUCGAGCAGUAGGGUCGGCAUGGCUGCAAGGUUGGUGGUACAGCGUGGGCGACUGCUGCUGGAUGUGCUACUGGUCUUCUCGCAUGGCGCCAAGUGCGAGCAGGCCUCCACCUCCCCUAAAGGCCACGCCUACCCAGAAAAGACCCCCCCUGGGCUACGGGCCAAGUUGCAGCUGCCUCCUUCCCUCACCUCCCCCAGAUCCAACAUUGAAAAUGGGGGGCACAGCAACCAGAGGGGGAAAAAACAGCAAAAAUGUGGGAACUGGGAAGGGAGACGGUCGGGCAAGGGUGCGGGGGAGAGAGAGGAGGAACUCCGGGUGUGGCUGGUGGUCACCGGGCAGCUUGGGAUCACUUUUCUUCCAGUCUUGCAGAUCUUGCAAUGUGUGGAGAUCUUGAUCCCCCCCAGCUCAUUGUCCGGUGGCGGCGACCGGGUGUGGGAAGGAUGUGCAGCAGUAGGGCAGGAGACAGGUGGCAGUGCUGUCUGCCUGAGUCUUAUGGCUGCAGCCAGUCCAGGCUGGUCCACCGUUCAACUGCAAGGGAUCUGGGGUGGGACCCUCAGUUCAACAGUAGUCAGUAGAACACUGGACUUGGCCUGGCUGGGCCCAACAUUAGACUCUGCAGGAAUGCUUCCGAACCCCACAUGGUUUGGGAAACAGAAGGUUGAGAAGGCAGUCACGGCUCCUAAAAAAAGGAGACUUUGCAAAAAACAUUUGGAACCCCUGAAGCUCUUCUGCAAGGAGGAAAAAGCCCUCAUCUGUCUGGUCUGCUACAAAUCCAAGGAGCACAGAGAUCAUGAGACCCUUCCUCUUGUGGCAGCCUCCCAAGAGUACAAGGAUCAGUUCUGCAACCAUCUGGAAAUUCUGAACAGGGAAAGAGAAAGAAUUGUGGCGUGUAAAGCAAAUGUAAUGAAGGAAAGCCAAGACAUGCUUAAACAAACAAUAGGAGAGAAACAAAAGAUGGUAACCAUGUUCAGGCAACUACACUCAUUUCUGGAAGAACGAGAGCAACUUUUGCUGGAUCGUAUAGAAGAGGUAGAGAAGGUGGUUGAAACAACCAGGGAUCAGCACCUGGCUAAACUCUCUGAGACACUUUCCUCUGUGGACAGCCUCAUCCAGGAGAUGGAGGAGAAGUGUCAGAAGACAGUCAUCGAUCUUCUGCAGGAUGCCAAAAGCACCUUGCAGAGGUAUAAAGAAAAGAAGGUGUUUGAGAAUCCAGUGACUUUUCCUCUUGCAUUGAAGUGGCGUAUCUUGGAUUGCUCCGAUCGAAAUCUCUUUUUAAAGGGCAUCAUGAAGCAAAUCACAGACACUCUGGAUUCUGGAAUUCAGCUGCAAAAAGCAAAUGUGACUCUGGAUCCAGACACAGCCCAUCCCAAACUCAUCCUGUCUGAGAAUUGGAAAAGCUUGAGAUAUGGAGGAAACACUCAAGCUCUUCUUGACAAUCCUGAAAGAUUUGACUAUUGUUGUUCUGUGUUGGGCCGUGAGGGAUUCACAGGAGGUCGCCAUUUCUGGGAUGUCCUUGUGGAAAAUGAGGGAGGAUGGGAUGUGGGGGUGGCCAGAAAGUCUGUGAAGAGAAAGGGCAAUUUUCUCUUCAGUCCCAGGGAAGGGAUUUGGGCUGUGGGGAAGUGGGGAGAUCACUGGGUUGCCAUAAAAGACUCUAAUAUUCCCCUGUCCCUGAGUGAGAAGCCCAAGAGGAUCCGAGUCUGUCUGAACUACACUGGGGGUCGAGUGGCCUUUUUCGAUGCUGACCGAGGAGCCCUCAUCUAUGAGUACUCUGGAGCCUCCUUCUCUGGAGAGAACAUCCUGCCCUUCUUUCAGGUGUAUGAAAAAGCCCCCCUCAACCUCUGUUAAGACCUUCCCUUCACACCAGGAGCAUCAGGAAGAAAAUAUUGUUUCUCAGAAGCUCUCUUUUUUUAGUCCUGUAAAGGCCUCUCCAGACACCAAAACUGAUGGAGAGAUUUUCCCCCUUCAUUCACCUUUUUUCUUUGUAUCUUAUUUCUAAAAAUAGCAGUAACACAUUUCACUUGAUAAAGAAUAACAGGCUGGUUGUCAAGGAGAGCUCUCAAUAAACAACCCCACCACCCCCCCGGCCUCCUUCAGCCCUCAUUCCUCUCAGGCAAGAAA